CCGUUCCAUGAAUGUGCGACGAUCGAUGAAGAUGCAGGGGCGAUUGGAAAGGAGAGUCGAAUACAUGAUUUUGAAACGGAACUAAGCCAACCACGAUAUCAUUCGGUUUCACGUUCAGGAUCAAUAAGUUCAGCGCUAAAACUGUAUCGCGCUACGAAGUACUUCAAAUGUCAAACCGUGCCUCACCCCUGGAAGUUGGUGGUGAUCCUUUGUAACGUUUUCUCAACUUGCAUAAUUGUUGCCAUAUCAACAUUCAACAAUGUCGACAGCUCACAUCCAUCCAUUCUAUCGUAUCUGGUUUACAAUUGUCGACCCCACCACCCUGGUAUUCACAAUCUUAGCAUGCAUCUUAUCGCCCUCAACCAUGCUAGCAACCUCCGUCCCAACCUCAUUCGCCUCUUACGAUCCUCUGUCCCAUGGUCCGCUACUAUACCAAAGUGCAGCACUGUACGCAUUCAUGGCUAUCAUCUUUGGUGCUCUACUGCGCGUUUCGAGCGAUUUGAACGUAUGGAAGAUCGUCCAAUUCGCUACAUUGGUGGUUGAUUGCGCACUGCUAGUAACUUUGUGGUCGAUGUUGAAGCAACAAAACCGGCUUGAGUUGGCUGAGUGGAGGGGCGAAGAUUGGUUCAAUGCCGGCUUUACAAUUUGGGUCGCCUUGAUCAGGUUUGCGUUUUUGGGAGGCUUGGGCGUUGGUACGCAGGUUGAGGAGAAGACGAAGACGGGAUGAAGGUAACUUUGUAGAUGGCUGACAUGCAGCUAUGGAUGCUCUUGAAGGUGGAAAAUAUUGGCCAUCAUACUUGCCUAGCUCGGUUGGCAAUCUUUGGAGCAGAAUGGAAGCGAGAUCAUGAAU